UCUCCGACGCCGCCAGUGCCCGCUGAAAGAUGUGAUGUGCCGCCACCAGGACGGGAAUCUAUCACAGUGGCGUCUAUAGUUCGGACAUCCAGGCCUCGGAUUUCCUAUGAGAGUCAAGUGUCGCAACCAACGGCACCUGGAGCGUCGCUACCGGUGGUCAGAAGAAGCAGUGGCAGGAAAGCGCCUAGGCCGCGGGCAAUUGCGUUGAACCGACGUGCGAAUCAGCCUUUGAAGAAAAAAAGGAGGAAGAAUGACGAUAUCGAUGACAGCAAGGACCACCAGGGGGAGAUGUUGGAGGUGGAGCCGGAAGCACUGGGGCCUAGAUCCCCCGAAGCUAAGCAAGUCACAGACAUUGCUGUCAAUGAAGCUAUUGUUCGCCGUAAAGCAUCUCGACAAAACGUGCUAUCCCCAAGAGAUCCUGUCAACCCGUACGAUGACCCAAAGUACUUCAGCCCACUGACCGUCGUUGGCAAGGAUGGAGUUAUGCGGUCGAUAUUCAAGUUCUACCCGCACCCGCCCACAGUUGAAGAGCAGUGGGCAGAAUAUAAAUACGGCCUCCACGGUCAGCAGCCCGUCGAACUGCUAGAGAAGAUGUACCGGGCCAAGUGGCGAAACGGCACAUAUGGUCGUUCGUGGUUCACUCGCCGAAAGGCCUUCUGGGACAAGAUGAAGGGGCUGCUGGAUCAAGGUCGUACGGAAGAGGAAGCGUUGGGUGUUAUGAGAGACCUUGGGAGCGGAAGCGUGCCUACUGCAGUUGCCAUUCUAUGCAAAGAGCGUGGAGAGGGAACACGUCCAGGGAGACGAAAGUCUCGGGGCCAGUCGGUCUACUCGGUAUGCGGCAGUAAACAUUCGCGAGACGAGGGCUCCAGCAAUGAAGAGAGCAGCAGCAAUGAAUCGGAGAAUGGCGGACCGCCGAGACCCAUCCGAUAUAAUCCACCGAAGCUGCGGAAACGACUUGUAGUGUCCAUGGAUAGAGUGAGCGGUAGCGACGAGCCUGAGUCGGCGCAAUACUCCGGACAAGAGGCUGAUGGUUUGUGGGAACCUAAGGCUAACUGAUUGAUUGAAUUGGGGCAUCGUUCAUCAAGCUCGCUGCAAUGUAGUUCAAUCGUACUGAGGUUAUAUAGUCGCAGUAUUGACCAGCUUCAACACGUAGACGUAAUAAGCGGGCUCGCUUCUGAAAUCUGCAGACUUCUGUGGGAAUAGUCAUGGUGAAGUAUUCGCGAUGAAGACGGUGACGAAGCCUCCAUAGCUAGUGGCUCACAGCGAAGAGAAAGCGCUUGCAAGUUGGAAGCCAUCCGAGUCUGGGCACCACUCCCCCUAAACUUUGGAUAGAGUUGCCGGCAACGAUGGGUCAUCGUGAAGGUGUCAAAGAUGGUCCCCGAUGUGAAUUGGCCACUCAGCC